GGAAGCUAUCAGAACGCUAAACUAAAUCAAAUAAUUCGAAAUUAUUACAGAACGGAAUUACAGUUAGUCGUGGACUCCGUUCUCCAGGAAAUCUACGUCGGUCCACCGUCCAUGCCUUGUUAGAAUUUGAUGCUCAUGCACCGUGUGGCGUGUCCCGCGAUAGUAAUUUGCGUAAUACCUUUUACGUAAAUAGGAGCGUAAGUUUAAUUGUAUUUAUUCAGUUAAAGUCUCUGUACAGUGUCGAUAUAAACGAAACUUUAUGGUUGUGUUAUUACAUCGAUAAAUAAUGUCAGACACUGAGACCUCAAAGAAAAGACCUUGUGAGGAUGCUGAAGAAGGUGAUGAAUGGGUCGGACCAAAACCUGAAGAAGCUGCCUCUGCUGCGACAAAGAAGAAGAAAAGAAAAGUAUUGCCUCAUGAAAAUCUCUACCUGAACAACUUGCCCUCUGCUGAAUAUUAUGAGAAGAGUUAUAUGCAUCGCGAUGUUGUGACUCAUGUUAUUGUCACCAAAACAGAUUUCAUCAUCACAGGGUCCCAGGAUGGUUUUAUCAAGUUUUGGAAGAAGCUUGAAGUUGGCAUAGAGUUUGUGAAAGUUUUCCGCUGCCAUCUCUGUCCUCUGAAGUGCCUGGUGCACAACUGCAACGGCAGCAGAGCCGCCUCCAUGGGAGAAGAUGGAGCUCUCAAAAUCUUUGAUGUCAUCAAUUUUGACAUGAUCAACAUGCUCAAGCUGGACUUCGCUCCAUCCACGUGUGAAUUUAUCCACGGAAGCAGCAACCCUGACAGCACCAUUGCUGUGGGGGACACAGCGUCACCCACCAUCAGGAUAUAUGAUGCUCAUGGCAACUCCAUCACCCCCCUCCAUGAGUUACACCUGCACACCCAGCCUGUCACCCUCAUGAAGUACAACGCCGUGUACGACACGGUAAUAUCGUGCGACACGGCCGGACUGCUGGAGUACUGGCGGGGGUCAGAGGGGGGCUACGCCGCCCCCUCAUGCGUACAGUUCACCUCCAAGCUGGACACAGACCUCUUCGAGUUUGUUAAGCUCAAGCGGCCCCCUCACGCCCUUUGUGUCGCGCCCUCAGGACUGCAGUUCGCCACACUCGCCCAUGACAGGAAGAUCCGAGUGUUCAAGUUCCUGACGGGGAAGUUGACACGCGUGUUUGACGAGAGUCUGGAGCAGGUAAUGGAGCUCCAGCAGCGCAAACCUCAGGUGCCCAACAUGGAGUUUGGCAGGCGUUUGGCAGUAGAGCGAGAGGUUGAGAAGAGCGGUUACCUCGGUAACCUGGUGUACGACAGCAGCGGUUACCUGCUGCUGUACCCCACGCUGCUGGGCAUCAAGGUGCUCAACCUGCAUACCAACCGCCUCCUGCGCACCAUAGCCCGUCCUGAGAACUUCAGGGCACUGCACUUAGCUCUGUUCCAGGGCACUGCACAUAGCUCUGUUCCAGGUACUCAGAACUUCAGGGCNAUCGAGCAGGAGGCGGCGGACAACCCUAACCUGGAGCAGGACCUGCCCGACCCCACGCUCUUCGUGACCGCCUUCAAGAAGUCCCGUUUUUACCUCUUCACCUGCCGGGACGCUGCCAACGCCCGGGCCACCGACCCAGACAGGGACGUGUUCAACGAACGGCCCAGCAAAGAGGACGUCAUCGCCGCCAUUGAUGACUCGGAUGGACAACGCAUCUUCGAGACGGCGACGCUGCACACGUCGCUGGGGGACAUCCACCUGAAGCUCUUCCUCAAGGAGUGUCCCAAGACCGUCGAGAACUUCUGCGUGCACGCGCGUAACGGCUACUACAACGGCCACGUCUUCCACCGCGUCAUACGACAGUUUAUGAUCCAGACGGGCGACCCGCAGGGGACGGGUGUGGGGGGUGAAAGCAUAUGGGGAGGGGAGUUUGAAGACGAGUUCCACCCAUCUCUUCGUCACGACCGCCCCUACACCGUCAGCAUGGCCAACGCCGGGCCCAACUCCAACGGCUCCCAGUUCUUCAUAACGCUCGUGCCCACGCUUGUGAUGUAG